AUGAAUCAGCAGAAUCCCAACAUAGCAAAUGGUCAAGCGCACCAACCGCAACAGCAGACACCUCAACAGCAGCAGGUCCAACAACAACAGCAAGUGCAAAAUCCAUUAAACUUGAAUCUAACCAACGAAGUGCCCAACGCCAACUGGAGAGAGGAACUGAAUGUGCAAGAUAGAGCACGCUUUGUCUCUCAACUAGGAAACGCUUUGAGGCAUCUGUCGCCUACAACGUCAGAUACUGAUAUCUUUGCUGCGGCCAAGAAUUUCGAGUUGACAUUGUACACUAGAAGUACGAGCAAGAAUCAAUACAUACUAGCUUACGCGAGAAAGUUUCAUCAAAUCAAGUUUCAAUUGCAAAGCCAGAAUGGAGGUGCACCAAUGCUGAAUGAUAGUCAAUUGCAAUUAAACUUGAACAUUGCAGGUGGACAACAAAUGUCACCAUUGCUUCAACAACAACAACAACAACAACAGCAGCAGCAGCAGCAGCAGCAAGCACAACAACAGCAAACUGCUUCUCCUCAAGUAGCUCCUGUGCAGCAGCUUCAAAACCUGUCGUCGCCCUUGAACAUGAAUCAACAGCAGCAGCAACAAAAUAUGAACAAUCAAAAUCAGAUGCGUCCAAACAUGUUUCAACAAAACAUGAUGCAAGGCAGACCACAACAACAACAGCAGCAGCAGCAGCCUCAAGGGCAACAGCAGCAACAACAGCCUCAAGUGGGUCAGUCUGCACAACCUCAACAGCAGCAACAGCAGGCUCAACAGCAAGCACAAAUGCUCGCCCUUCAAAGAACCGCUGCACAAGCCAUGGCUGCUGCCGCUGCUGCAGGAAACAAUGGCAGUGUUGGUGCGAAUAAAAUCACACCAGCUCAUGUAGCUGCCAAUGUGAACACGGCUCAACAACAGAUCCCGUUGAAUGUGCUUCAAAACUUGAAUAUGGGCAAUGUGAAUCAAGCGGUUGUGAACAUGUCUCCUCGCCAAUUUCAAGUGUAUCUUGCUCAUCAGAUUGCUUUGGGCCAACAACAACAGCAGCAACAACAAGGUCAGCAACCACAACAGGGUCAGCAAGGCCAACAACAGCAAGGAUCGGCAGCAGAUAACGCCAAUUUACUUGGUAUGACUUUACCUAAUAAUGCAAACCAAAACUUCCGUCCUCCUGUCUCGGGUGUCAAUGCUGCUGCCACAAGCUCUCCCAUGCAAGCGAAUAAUUUCUCCAAUGCUGUGAAUCAGCAACAGCAACAACUGAAUCCUGAAAUGCUGAUGCAACAUUUGCAAGCUCAACAGGCUCGUGCUCAACAACAACAACAACAACAACAGCAGCAGCAGCAGCAACAGCAACAGCAACAGCAACAAGCUCAAGCCCAAGCUCAAGCUCAAGCUCAAGCCCAAGCACAGGCUCAAGCACAGGCUCAAGCACAGGCUCAAGCACAGGCUCAAGCUCAAGCUCAAGCUCAAGCCCAAGCUCAAGCCCAAGCUCAAGCUCAAGCCAAACAGGAAGCGCAACAAAAGGCCCAGCAACUCGCACAGCAACAGGCUCAACAGCAAGCUCAAUUGGCCGCUCAGCAACAAGCUCAACAACAGUUGGCCGCACAACAGCAAGCCCAGCAACAAGCCCAGCAACAAUUGGCACAACAGCAAGCACAGCAGUUGGCUCAACAACAACAACAACAACAACAAACAUCGCAAACAUCUCAACAAGUGCCCAAUGUGUCUGCAGCCAAUCUUCAGCCUGGUGCUGUAUCUAACCUUGGCGGUGCGCCUCAACAACAACAGCAACCAUUAGGAAAUCGAACAAUCAAUUUCCAGCAAAGACAAGCUGCUGCAGACAUAGUGAGACAAUAUGAUGAAAACGUUCGUAGUACCAGAGUGCGUGGUAAUCCUAUUGAGGGUUUAUCUGAUCAGGAAAAGAAAGCGAUUCAAGAACACACAGCCAUGAUGAAGCCCAUGUACGACAAAAUCGACAGUUUACUGCCAGUCUUCUUGGCCCUGACAUCCAAUAUCGAAGCAACACGACGCUUGAUUUUGAUGAAGUACAUGUUUGAAGAUCAAUUGACCAUGCUGGGUCAAAACAAGUAUGUCAUUACUUUGGAUCACUUGACAAAAUUGAAGGAGCAGUUUAGCGGCUACUUUUCUUGGGUGCGUAAUGCUGUCGGUAACCAGCAGCAGCAACAGCAGCAGCAACAGCAGCAACAAGGUAGUCCAGCUGUUGGUACUACACAACAGGCACAAAAUGUAGAUGGUUUGCAACAGACUGGUACUCCUGAUCUUUCUCAGCAGCAGCAGCAACAACAACAACAGCAGCAGCAGCAACAGCAACAGGUCCAAGCUGCUCAAUUACAAGCACAGGCCCAAGCCCAAGCCCAACAACAGGCACAAGCUCAAGCUCAAGCCCAACAACAGGCUCAACAACAGGCUCAACAACAGGCUCAACAACAAGCCCAACAACAGCGUCAAAAUACCCCUCAAAUGGCCAACCAAAAUCGCAUGGACAUCAAUCUAUCUCAUUCCACUUCCACAACAUCAACACCUACACUUCAAAAUACAAAUCAACAAAACGCAAUGAAGCGUCCAAGCAUUGACCUCAAGCUUCCUACCAACAAAAAGCAAAGAACCAACCAAUCUCCCGCACUGUCUGCAGCUGGUACGCCUCAACAGCUACCCAAGGCAUCACCUAACCAACAGCCAAACCGUCUUUUGCAGCAAGGUGCAAGUCCAAAUGCUCCAAGCCCUGCUAGUAUACAAGCAGCUGGAACUCCUAAUCAAAUGAUGGAUUUGGCUCACACUGCAUCGCCUCAACAGCAACAACACAUGGAGGAGCAGCAACAGCAAAUGAAUGCAGGUGUUCAGGAACAAAUGGGUAAUUCUGCUGCUGCUAUGACUGCAGCGGGCCAAGCAGGCAUGUCACUCAGUCAAAGACAGGCUCAAUCUCAAAUGAUUUACCAAGCAGCUAUCGCUAGCGGCCUUUCACCUGCAAUUGUCAAUCUUUUACCUCCUCGUGCAUUGCAAUGCAGUUGGUUAUUACAGCAAUCAGCGCAGAAUCGUAUCGUAUUGACUCCCUCGCAACAGCAACAAAUUCGCGCCAUGUUGAAUGAACGGGUGGAAGCUGCCAAGCAACAGUUGGCUCGUCAGGAACAAGCUCAGCAGCAACAGCAGCAACAACAGGCAUUGAACAGACGUCAAAGUGGUGGUGUGUCGGGUAGCGCCAUUGAUCUGACAGGAAACAACAGUGCUGUUGCCAAAACAGACGAAGAGAUCAAGCAAGACACCUCACAACAAGCAGCACAGAUGAUGCACAUGUUGCAACAACAGCAGCACCAACAACAAGCACAAGCACAGCAAAUGCAAUCUCAAGUGCUGCAGCAGCAACAACAGCAACAACAACAGCAGCCUAUGUUACAGGCUAAAUUAACCCCUAUACAAUCACCUCGCCCUGUAACAAGCGUGCCUGGUUCUGCUGCUACUAUCAUUGCUACUACACCGAGUGGGACUACACAAGCUCCAAUGGCUGCACUGCGUCCUGGUAUGGGCCCUGACGAUAAGGUGGUGAAUACAAUGAUGUAUGCAACUGAUGUCUUGAAGAGUGUUGCGGCUAUUUUAGCAUCUGCAGAUCGACCAAAGGAACCAGAUCAACAAUUCACAGUCGUCAAGGAUGGACCUUGCAGUGCCUUGUUAUUUGAACCUUAUCCGAUCAAGACGGAUAGUGAGGAGGAUGAUGAUGAUGAGGAUGACUAUAUGGAAGAAGCGGAGGAAGAUGGCAAGAUGGCCAUUAACAAGCAAGAUAUUAAGAAUACUUGGUACCAAGUCGGUAUGGACACAGAUGUGCCUCAGUUAAGUGAGAUCAUGACAGGAUUUCACUGGCAGGAUGACAGCCAAACACUAUGUAGUGUGAUUAAACGUUGUGCUUGA